CACCAGGUACACGGUCUCCUCCUACACCAGGUACAUGGUCCCCUCCUACACCAGGUAUACAGUCCCCUCCAACACCAGGUACACCAGUUACACGGUCCCCUCCUACACUGGGUACACCAGAUACAUGGUCUCCUCCUACACCAGGUACAUGGUCUCCUCCUACACCAGGUACAUGGUCUCCUCCUACACCAGGUACAUGGUCCCCUCCUACACCAGGUACACGGUCCCCUCCUACACCAGGUACACGGUCCCCUCCUACACCAGGUACACGGUCACCUCCUACACCAGGUACACGGUCCCCUCCUACACCAGGUACACGGUCCCCUCCUACACCAGGUACAUGGUCCCCUCCUACACCAGGUACAUGGUCUCCUCCUACACCAGGUACAUGGUCUCCUCCUACACCAGGUACAUUGUCUCCUCCUACACCAGGUACAUGGUCUCCUCCUACACCAGGUACAUGGUCUCCUCCUACACCAGGUACAUGGUCUCCUCCUACACCAGGUACACCAGGUACAUGGUCCCCUCCUACACCAGGUACAUGGUCUCCUCCUACACCAGGUACAUGGUCUCCUCCUACACCAGGUACAUGGUCUCCUCCUACACCAGGUACAUGGUCCCCUCCUACACCAGGUACACGGUCCCCUCCUACACUGGGUACACCAGGUACAUGGUCUCCUCCUACACCAGGUACAUGGUCUCCUCCUACACCAGGUACAUGGUCUCCUCCUACACCAGGUACAUGGUCCCCUCCUACACCAGGUACAUGGUCUCCUCCUACACCAGGUACACGGUCCCCUCCAACACCAGGUACACGGUCCCCUCCUACACCAGAUACAUGGUCUCCUCCUACACCAGGUACACGUUCCCGUCCUACACCAGGUACACGGUCCCCUCCUACACCAGAUACAUGGUCUCCUCCUACACCAGGUACAUGGUCUCCUCCUACACCAGGUACAUGGUCUCCUCCUACACCAGGUACACUGUCCCCUCCUACAUCAGGUACAUGGUCCCCUCCUACACCAGGUACACAGUCCCCCCCUACACCAGGUAUACAGUCCCCUCCUACACUGGGUACACCAGAUACAUGGUCUCCUCCUACACCAGAUACAUGGUCUCCUCCUACACCAGAUACAUGGUCUCCUCCUACACCAGGCACACGGUCCCCUCCUACACCAGAUACAUGGUCUCCUCCUACACCAGGUACAUGGUCUCCUCCUACACCAGGUAUACAGUCCCCUCCAACACCAGGUAUACAGUCCCCUCCUACACCAGGUACACGGUCCCCUCCUACACCAGAUACAUGGUCUCCUCCUACACCAGGUACAUGGUCCCCUCCUACACCAGGUAUACAGUCCCCUCCAACACCAGGUACACCAGGUACACGGUCCCCUCCUACACUGGGUACACCAGAUACAUGGUCUCCUCCUACACCAGGUACAUGGUCUCCUCCUACACCAGGUACAUGGUCCCCUCCAACACCAGGUACACCAGGUACACGGUCCCCUCCUACACUGGGUACACCAGAUACAUGGUCUCCUCCUACACCAGGUACAUGGUCUCCUCCUACACCAGGUACAUGGUCCCCUCAAACACCAGGUAUACAGUCCCCUCCAACACCAGGUACACCAGGUACACGGUCCCCUCCUACACCAGGUACAUGGUCCUCUCCUACACCAGGUACAUGGUCUCCUCCUACACCAGGUACAUGGUCUCCUCCUACACUGGGUACACCAGGUACAUGGUCUCCUCCUACACCAGGUACAUGGUCUCCUCCUACACUGGGUACACCAGGUACAUGGUCUCCUCCUACACCAGGUACAUGGUCUCCUCCUACACUGGGUACACCAGGUACAUGGUCUCCUCCUACACCAGGUACAUGGUCCCCUCCUACACUGGGUACACCAGGUACAUUGUCUCCUCCUACACCAGGUACAUGGUCUCCUCCUACACCAGGUACAUGGUAUCCUCCUACACCAGGUAUACAGUCCCCUCCAACACCAGGUACACCAGGUACACUCUCCCCUCCUACACCAGGUACACAGUCCCCUCCUACACCAGGUACACAGUCCCCUCCAACACCAGGUACAUGGUCCCCUCCUACACCAGGUACACGGUCCCCUCCUACACCAGGUAUACAGUCCCCUCCAACACCAGGUACACCAGGUACACGGUCCCCUCCUACACUGGGUACACCAGAUACAUGGUCUCCUCCUACACCAGAUACAUGGUCUCCUCCUACACCAGGUACAUGGUCCUCUCCUACACCAGGUAUACAGUCCCCUCCAACACCAGGUAAAUGGUCCCCUCCUACACCAGGUACACCAGGUACACGGUCCCCUCCUACACUGGGUACACCAGAUACAUGGUCCCCUCCUACACCAGGUACAUGGUCUCCUCCUACACCAGAUACAUGGUCCCC